GAAACACUGUUGCUCAACCACAGAGAGUACAACCACUCUUACAUACAGGAAGUGUUGCUAACCACCCGCCUCUCUUUCUUUCUCUGCUGUACACUUUCCGGUGCCUGAGGACUCGUUUCAGUCCCUUCGGCCUCUGACGGGUCACCGCUUCAAUAAAGCCGUUCACCAAAAAUGAUGGGAAGCUCCAAGGGCCUGUCCUCUUGUCUGCACAGAUCCAGAUAUAUCAGCUGGUGUGUGGACUCUGCAGAGUCACCAACACCUGAAGCUACACCUCUAACAGCAGCAGAGGAAUCUUCAGACCGAAACAAUCAGCCGGCUGGUCCAGGACCGGUUCCGCUUCUCCUUCUGUCCCCACCAAAAACCAGUGGAGGAGAACCAAACGCAGCCUUCCCCCAACAACGCUCACAGCCAACAAACACAAAGAGGACGUAUCAACGCUCCCUUUGCUCCCGCUCCAAGCCUCGGACCAACAACGCCUCCAAAAGUCACGCUGAAGACAAUGGUGGUGAUGGGGGGGGACAGAGAAACAAAGAGGACUCAUCUCUUCUGCAUCCAGAGAGCAGAAGCUUCCUGCUUCUCAGAAGCAGUCCGGUCAUCUCCAGACGCCACAGGCCAAUCUCCUGGCACGGCAUGUGCACCGACACCUCUGACCCAUCAAGCUCCAACUCCCCGUCUCCUGCGUCUGGUUUGCUGUCUCUGGAUCGGUGUGGGUACCUGGCAGACACCGGUGCAGAGGAUGUGGGACCCAAACAGGACCCCUGUCACCAGCCGUCCCCUCCAGAGGACAAGAAGCCGCGCUGUGUCUCCGCCUCAACACAUCCCAAUAGGCUCCAACAUCCCUUCAGCGGACAGCAAGGCCACGGCUCUGAUGCCCCCCACUCAUCAGGCGUCUCUACCUCAUCACAACCCAGCAAAGAAAGAGGGAGCAGUGGUAUCUCAGAAUUCUCUGCAGACAUCUUUAAGAGCAGUUGUGAGCUGGAAAAGGAGAAUGCUCAUUUUGUCGUGGUGGACAUGGUGCUGGAGGUGCUGGAAGCUGUGAAGUGGAGUCUGAGCUACAAGGAGCAGACACACUGCAACACGUGCACAGACAGACACAAGAGCGCAGCAGAGGACAAACACAGACACACGCAGAGCUGCAGUUCAGGCGAUCCUGCACAAGACAACACCGAGACAUCACACGGAAACAUACACACACACCGACGCACGCAGGAUGAAGAGGAAGCUGAACAUCCGCCAAAGACUUUUUCUGUCCUCUCCAGUGACAGCGGGUUUGAAGACUAUGUAGUCGACACAACACUGACACCAACAUAUUUUCUCACAAAUGCAGAGUGUCUGGCGCAGCAGCUGGUGCUGAACUUCAGGAGGAGCUGGCUUCCCUCCUAUGAGCCUUGCCGUGGAAGGAAAAGCCUUCGUAGCUGCCUGCAGGAGCUGCCAGGAACUGGAGGAGUGGCAGUGAGCAGCGAAAGCCUGGCAGAGGAGAUCAGACUGAGGACCAGGAUGAGAGGAUCCCUGAGCUGGGCCCCACCACGCUUCCAGAUCAUCUUCACUGCUCAGCCGUUACACAGACGCAGUGAGGUCGUCGCUCUGCAGCACUUCCUGUGUGCAGGCUGUGGGACAGCGGUGGAGCCCAGGUACAUCAAGAAACUGCGGUAUUGUGAAUAUCUCGGCAGGUAUUUCUGCGACUGCUGCCACAGCGGCUCUGAGGCUGUGAUUCCAGGUCGACUUCUGUCCUGCUGGGACUUUGGCAGAUACCCUGUGAGUGAUUUCUCCAAACAGCUGCUGGAGUCCGUGUGGCAGCAGCCGCUGUUUGACCUGACCUGCGUGGGUAAGACUCUCUACAGCCGAGUGAAGGAGCUCCAAAAGUUCAGGGAGCUGCAGGAUCAGCUGAUGGGCAUCAAGAAGCUGUUGACAGCCUGCAGGUUAUCUGGAAGGGUGAUGGCGGAGUUUGAACAACUUCCUGCUCACUUGACGGAGCAGCCACACCUCUUUUCCAUGGAGGACCUGUUGAGGGUGAAGAAGGGUCAGCUUAUGGCUCAGGCCAGAGCACUGCUACACUCUGCUAUUGACCACGUUGAAAACUGUGAGUUGUGUCUGGCCAGAGGUUUUAUCUGUGAGUUCUGCAGAGAAAGAGACAUCAUCUUUCCUUUUCAGAGUGACAAAUGUAAGCGCUGUCCAGUGUGCAGGGCCUGCUUUCACAAACGCUGCUUUGUAGAAAAGAAGUGUCCCAAAUGCGCACGAGUCCAAUCACGGAAGAAACAUCCAGAUGGAUCCGUGAAGUGACGUCUGAACAUCUGCAUUACUUUUAUUACAGUUUCUUUUUAAGCACUGAUGCAUUUCUGUACCCAUCACCUUUUUAAAAUCAGGGAAGACAAACUCACAUGUUCAA